ACCGGUGGCGUUUCGCUCGUGUCAGGAGAAACGACGCCGAUUGGAGGAUCAACGCCAGCACCGGGAACUACUGGGGGCGUUUUGCUCGCGUGGGGAGAAACCACGCCGAUUUGGGGAUCAACACCGGCAGGAACACCUUAUGGAAGUGGGGGAACUAGUGUGUUAAGUGGUCGAAGAACCAGGGGUCAGACUACAGUGAACUUGGGUACGGUGCAGCCGUUGUCGACGGUAUCAGAGAGCUCAGAAGGAACGGCAAGUGUUGGAAGUAGUAGGUUUCCGAGUAAUACGACUAGUGCUUUUGUGAAUAGUCCAACUACGUUUGAGUUUUGUGACGAGCGAACGGUGGUGAUUGGUGUUAAUGGCGAAGCAGUUCCGUAUUUUUUUGUGGAGCCGAUUUCAUACUUGUCGGUGGAUGAUAUUAACCCGGGUGGUUCAGGCAUUCAGUUUCCGAAAUCGAAUAAAGGCUAUAUAAUUGUCGUGCCACUCAGUAUACCAAGUGUAGUUAAAAGUGUGGUUUUGCCUGGUGGAACGAAUGUGAAUCAAAUUAGGGUUAUGUUGUUGAAUAAUAAUAAUGAGACUAUCAGUGAUGGGAGUGGGCGGGUAUUCACGUUUACGUCCAGCAAGGUGGUGAAUCCGAGUGUACGUAUUAACUUAAAACAGAAAACAUCUGCGGUGCAUAUCACUCUGUUAACGACGGAGGGAGAUCAACCACCUAGAAAUGUGACAGUGAGCAUCUCGGCAUGUGUGGAAUCUGGCACCACAUUUGAAACCACAAUGUCUUCAGUGACAAGUUUUGUUAGUCAACAGUCAAGUGAACGAAGUCACUAUAGCACAAGUCCACCUCCUAUACGUAUGAGUACACCACAUUCACCAUCAUUUUCGCCUUGCCAAGUGAAACGACAACAACCAAGUCUACUGGUAAUAGGAAAGUGUAUUUCUCAGCAGGAGAUUGAGCAAGACUAUUGCGCUGGUUAUUGCCCAUCAUUUGAAGAACUCGAUAUGUUUGGCGGUCUAAUACUUAAUAAAGAAUGCCUUUGUUGCACGGCUGGUGAGACAUAUUAUGAAUCAGUGACGAUGAGCUGUUCAAAUAAUGAUACUUCAAACACUGAGCGUCGUUCUACUCAAAUAACAAGAAUACGAUCUUGUCAGUGCUAUGCAUGUCAAAAACAAGUAUCAGCAUUUAUUGGAAAAAAUGAAACAAUAACAGAUACAAGACAAAGAAAAAGAUAA